AUGUUGCUCUCUAGAAAUCGACUGUGUCUCUUGGUCGCUCUUAUCGUCAUCAGUGGCAUUCUUUAUAAUGCCAUUGAUCGAUAUUUCACCACCGGCCUGCACUUUUCAUUUGCUACUGGUGGGGAGCGCAACCUCGCGCAUGUUUUGAGCCCACAGCAUCAUAUCAACCGAGCACCGACGACCAUUCGUCAUGUGUGGAAGAUCACGACUGGUUUUCGUGCCCCAGACGGUGUGAGAAAGAAGGUUUAUUUGAUAAAUGGCCAGUUUCCCGGUCCAUGGAUCGAGGCUCGCUCGGGAGAUGAUAUUGAGGUAGAUAUCUACAAUUGGCUGACCGAUGAGGGUGUUGCAAUCCAUUGGCAUGGGCUUUGGAUGCGCGGCGCAAACGAAAUGGAUGGUGCUGUCGGUCUCACCCAGUCCCCCACUGGACCGUCGAAGAGCUUUACUUAUAAGUUUCACAUCGCUGAAGCUCAAAGUGGUUCGUUCUGGUACCACUCCCAUUCAGAACUUCAGCGCGCAGACGGCCUUUAUGGCGGCAUUGUCAUUCACAAGCCUGCGAGCUCGGGUGUGCCUUCUGAAAACGAAGUCCACAAUUACGAUCAGGAUGUCGGUCUUCUUAUUGGAGAUUGGUAUCAUAGACCAAGCCAUGAAGUUCAAGUUUACUAUGAAGAUUUCGCGAAUGCGGGAAAUGAGCCUGCCCCAGAUUCCCUCCUUAUUAAUGGACAAGGUUACUUCAAUUGCUCUUUGGCCGUUCCUGCACGGCCGCUUGUGUGCCAAAAGAUCAUGAUUCCUCAACUGAACUUGAACAUCAAUAACACCCGGCUGCGACUCAUAAAUACAGGGGCCAUAGUCGGUUUCACCAUCUCGAUUGCUGGAUAUGAUAUGCACCUAAUCGAGGUAGACGGUGGAGGCGAGGUGUCUGGCGGUCUUGGUUCGUCCUCCAUCGGUGUUAUAUACCCUGGGGAGAGGGUAGACAUCAUUCUUGGACCAAACCUACACUUUGAUAAAAGCAAAAUGGUGAUGAGUAUCGAAUUGGACGCUGAGAACUUGCGAUUUCGCAACUUUGCUUUAACCGAAAUACAACACUUCCCUGUCACAUCACUGAGUGAUACAGGCACAAGGUAUGGCGGCCCAAGUAUGCCGACAGAGGCAUUGGCACCCCUUGACCUCGCUCGAGUGGCGGGCCCACCAAGAGUGACUACUGGGAUGCCGAAAACCCCGAGUCAAACCCUUGUUCUGUACACCAAAGUUGAAAUCUUGGGCGAAUUUGGUAACCGCCCAAGAGGGUUUAUAAACCAAAGUACGUGGGAGGCUGAACGGCUCGAGAAGAUGCCUCUGUUGGCACUUGAUAAGACUGCCUGGGGUAACGCCUUUGUUCCCUUUGUCAAGACGGGCGAGGACCGCUGGGUAGAUAUUGUGUUGAAUAACUUUGACGACCGAGGACACCCGUUUCAUUUGCAUGGCAACGACUUCUUCGUCUUGUCGGUUCAUGAAGCGGGAAUUGGAGGAUAUGAUGAGGCAUACAACCCUUUCGACACCGCGAGACCUCCAGCUGGCGGCCCUCUUAACACCAUGAAUCCGGUACGAAAAGAUACGAUAUUUAUUCCUGCUAUGGGUUAUGCGGUGCUCCGGUUCAAGGCAGACAACGAGGGGUUAUGGUUCUUCCACUGCCAUAUAUUGUGGCACCAGGCGGUUGGUAUGGCCAUGGCUUUGCAUGUGGGAAGUGAUUGA